AUGGUCCGGAUAUGUUCUGAUGGAAGGUUAUUAGCAAUGAAAUUUAGAAUUGAGUCAUGUCUCCAAGUAAACCGAUCGAGGUAGGAACUGCAACCAGCGACGACGUGCAAUAGAGAUUCAGGAUUAAUGCAGAACGAGCAUUUAGAAGACGAGGAUAGCCCCCAUCUUUGAAGGUUCUUACGGGUUGGCAGCGAAUUGUUUAUAUAGCGAAUGGUAAAGUUGAAAAUGUUUUUAUGCAAUUUGGACUGACAGACUGGCCAGAUCGUAUUUACUUGGGUUAGGGAAAAUCUUGAUACACUGGUAAAGAAUGAGCCUUGGUAUGUUAGUUGGUUUGUUAAUUUAUCUUCUUGAUCAUCACGAAAUGACUUAAUCACUUCCUUCGUCGAACUGUAUUGGUCGUAUUGAAUAUUAGUAUGAUUAGUUGUUGACUUCCAGAGGUGGAUUAUUGAUUCAUUAGGAGAUGAUUUAUGAUGAUGAUUAUUAAUAAUAAUAUUAAUAAUAAUAAUAAUACUAAUAAUACCGAUGUUUUCUCGGUUAAAAAUUCCUGUCGGCGAGUUCGCCUUAGUUCGUUAAGCUACUUGCGUGAUUAUACUGCGUGCGCAUGUUAAGAGUAGUAUAUAUUAUAAUUUGCAAUUUAUGUACUUCAUUAAUGUUAUGCUUCUCAACUUUAUUUUUGAGCAUUAUUAACAUUAAACGUUGAAGUACUGUUUAAUAAACGAGCAGGACAGUUUUAUUAGGUUUGCGCGAGUGGCUUCAGACCUAAUAGAACACUACCUGCUCGUUUAUUAAACGGCUUCAAACACGACUACAAAUUCAAUAGAUAUAUUGGUACUCUUUAUAUAAAGAAUACUAUGAUUUGCCAAUAAGCUUAUGAAUUAUUAAUGAUGUUUGAACAUCUUUUAAAACUGCUUAACGACCUUAACGUCAUCCUCGUCCCCAGGGCUUCUCGGCGAGAAGCCCUGGGAACGAGGAUGCCUUAAAGGGGAAGUCAAGUCCGUAAUGUAAACAAACGGUUUGUUUACAUUUUGAACUGCUGUAUUUUUUAAAAUAUGAUGUACUGUCUGAAUAUCUAACACCAUUUUGGUUCGUUAUGCUUCUACAUGAAUAUGAAAUAGAGUUUGUGUUCAGAAACAUUCGAAACAUUCAAAAUUUGGGCAAUGUUUACCUCAGAGGGCCCUCUAUUGUUAUGCGCAGAACCGAUGCGCAGAACGGACUUGACUUCCCCUUUAACGUUCAAUGGUUUGCGUUAUCCACUAUCCAGUGUAUAUCAUAUAGAUCAGUGAACAAUGGAUUGCACUAUCCAGUUGCCUGCUUCAGCUCAGUGUCAAAAUUCGCUGGGCGUUUCUAGCUCGACCCAGACCCUGUCAUCGCUCGGUCGUGAUGAUUUUCACCUAUAUUUCAUAUCGUGACAGAAAUUUUAUUGUAAAGCAGAACUGAUUAUACCAAGAGAAUAACACAAAGUAAAACGACAAAAUGUUCCACCACAGGCAAUCUGAUGUGCCCGAACUACACCAAGAAAUCGCACAACUACGAAGGGAAGUUAAAAAUCGCCGUAUGAAAGUCUCGCAAGUUUCCAACGAGUGAGUAAUACACUUGAUUCAUAAAUUUCGCUUGAUCGAACUUCAUUCAUUCAUUAAUUUGCAACUUAAAAUCUUGGCUAAUUUUGCCUACUUUAUACACUCCAAAAGUGCUCUAAAUAACUGUUGAGUAUUCGAAAAUUAUGUUUGGCUUAUUAUGGGUAGUUACUAAGUGAACGGCGUUUUUAAAUGCAGUUUUAAACUGCUUAAACUAUUAAAUCGGUAUUUAUGAAUUUUGAAAUAUGCAAUAACAUUCGAUCACUGCUCGAUUCACACGGCAUGUUGGGGAAAAUUUUAACCGCUUUUCCAAUGAUUCUAAUUAAACCUUUUGGAAAAUUGGAAUUUUCUAUUCAUUCCAAACGAAAUUCAUUUUCGAAUUGGAGUGUUAAUCCACAUUUUUUGUGAUAAAGUGCAAUUCAUUAAUAAAGUGGCGGCCUCACGGCUGUGUACUUUUACUAUCAAAUUUAAAAUUCGCAAGUUCUUAUAAGAUACGGAAGUGUUUUUUUGUGUUUGCAUGGGAAUUCUGAGGGCUUUAUAAAGCAGAAUAAACGCAUAGUGCCUUUGAAUUUGAUGUUUGGAAAAGGGUUAACUAUUAAACUAAACAGACUUUUGACAUAUAUAAGAUUGAAAGUGGAUAUGUGCGUGUUUGAUCGCAGAAUGCUGUAAGACUUGACAACUCUUUUGAUGAAAAGCUGACUGAACUUAUAUAAUGUCCCAUGAUUGGAAAUGGAAUGUAAUAAAAUUUAUUUUUCCAAUCUCGAGGGGCAAUGCAAGUUCCUUGCCUUUCCCAAAAGUUGUGUAACUUCCUGUUUACAGAGAAGUGUGAAAUCAUUAUAUUUGUAAAUAAUUUGAUUGGUAAUGCAUUUAGACAUGUAAAUACGUGUUAAUCCCUGUUAAGAAAAUAAUGGUGGGUCUUUUUUGCUUGGUUAUAGUUGUGACUAUGAAAUACUAACAGGGCAGUAAAUUGCAUCUUUGAAUCUUGCUGCUUAUUGCUUGAUAAGACAAUUACAUCCACUAAGGCAAUAUAAACCACAGACAUUGAUAUUGAGAUGGUUUCCUUAGAACUGUAUUGAUUAACUCAUUAAAUGCAGGACUCUCCCCUUGACGAGCAAAAUUGUCUGGUGUUAGACAGAGUACGAUAAUAAAGUAGGGCACAUUGAGGUGCAAUACAACUUAAUGGGUUAACUAGACACAUGGCAGAUGAUCUAUGAGCACCAGUGUUCUCCCCUUGACAAGUGAAAUUGUCUGGUGUCAGGCAGAUUAGUGUGCAUAAGGGCACAGUGCAACUUAUCACUGGAUCAAUAAGGGAUUCCCUUAUAAGACCUCUAGGGAGAACAGUUUUGAACUGAUAAAACUAUCCAGUAGAAAUAAAGUUAGUUUUGUUUAGGUUUUCUCCUGUAGUAACACUGGAUCAAUAAGAGAUGAUCCUUACUGAACCUCUAGGAAGAACAGUUUAGAACAGAUAGAGCUAUCCAGUAGAAAUAAAGUUAGUUUCAACUUUCUGUCAUUUCCCUACAUAUAGCAUCAUCCAAUACUGUGACGCCCACAUUGGCAACGACCCACUCCUGAUGAAAAUACCGAUGAACGAAAAUCCAUUCAGAGAUCGCAGCCGACCUUGUGUGCUGUUAUAA